AUGAGGAUCUUUUUCUUGCUCUUCGGUCUUAUCAUCCCCGUCGCAUAUCUCGCGCAGCUAAAUAUGCGCGAUCCAUUAAGCCAAUCGGGUAUCCAAUCCCCGCAUAAGGACUAUGGCAACAGCGUAGUGGACUCCCCCUAUUCUCCCCAGAGUGUAUUUAAGAGACCGGAUAGAUCGGAUUUUGAGCCCACGACAUCCAAAGCGAGUAUCCCACUGACUGUCAUGAACUCGAGUAACGAUCCUAUUGAUGACCCUCAAUCACCGUUAAUCCCUGGUAAACGCCCGCCUCCUGUACGCGUCUCCUUCUCGCGUCAGACCCAUAGAUCGAGGAGUCGACUCACGAACAUCGAUAAUGCCCCGCCGACGUCCGGGCCUAUCGGCGGAGGUGGAGUUCCUCUUGGUGAUCGCGUACAUUCGGUUCCAGAAUCUACUACAAGGAUGAGCAUGGCUAUUCCGACAGGCUUACCUAGUCCAGAGGCUACACCUCUGCCAAUCGUUCCGCUAAUCGUGCUAUGCAUUACUCUGAUGGGGGAAUUUCUAAGUGCAAAUGUAUCUGCUCCAUGGGCUUUCUUCUUGGUCGAGAGCUUCGGAACCUUCGAACCGACCGAGGUCGGCUUAUGGACUGGUAUUCUCGUCUCGGUCUUCUUUAUCUCUCAGUUCCUUACUUCUCUUCUCUGGUCCAGCCUUGCGGAGCGUUUCGGACGACGCGUCGUACUAGUCUCAUCACUCCUUGGAAGUGGAUUCACAUGCAUUGCAUUUGGAAUGUCCAAAUCAUUUAAGUUUGCUGUUUUCGUUAGACUUCUGCAAGGCGCGUUUGGUGGAGCUGUUGGCGUGGCUCGCGGAAGUGUCGCAUUGAUCUCGGAUUCGAGCAACGAAGCUCAAGUGUAUGCCAUUUUGGGAUUUUGCUGGGGAUUAGGAGGUGUGGCUGGCGCGAUCAUUGGGGGCGUUUUCGAAAAUCCUACCAAAAAAUGGGAUUUGUUCGCCCGCCUACCCGUGUUUGUCGAGUUCCCUUACCUGUUACCUACCCUUGUAGCCGCAUCCAUCACCAUUAGUGGCGGGCUUUUGGCAUUAACUUUGGAUCACGAUGGAGGACCUCGACCUCGUUCUGGGAUAAUAUCUGCAAACACUGAAGGAACUAGUGCAGCUGAAAUUGGGGCCCUCCCAGUUGAGCAUUCUCCGACGAGGGGCCUGAACGAAGGCUCUGUUCUCAGGGGUAAUUCGACUCUCGAGACAUGCUCGAUUGAAUAUGGAACGAUGAACAACAUUGAACAGGCUGAAAUCAACAGAUCCGGUAUACCUUUUGGCGAGCGUACCUGGACUCUGUCAUCUGCCGUAAGUGGGAACUCUGGGUAUGGCGAGCCGUAUCGCAGCCAUUUUGGGAAUGGGUUCCGCCACAGGUUCAGCACAGCAAGCUUGGUUGCAGCUGCCGCAAGGCGCCGAGCAGGAAUUGAUGAGGAUCUGGGAGGUAUGCGCAUCGGAAACGACUCCGAGGGACAGGAAGCGCGCUUGGCAGAACGGAUGGUUAUGGCGAAUGAAUUGACGGUGACGUCUAUUGGUGACCUAUGGGUCGCUUCUGCGCUCACUAUGGAUGUGGAUGAUGAUGACUUGUGUGAUUUUGAUGAUCAACUCGCACCUUCUAUGGAUGGCCCAGCGAUUCCCUCAAAUUCGGUAAGGGCCGCACCAAUCACAGAUUAUCGCGCGCGCUCGGCUUCCGCCACUCGUCGUGUGGCGCCAACAGUGAAUGGGAAUACUUUGCCCCGCGACAACCGACCACACUCGCUCUCGCUCUCGGCCAACAACAGUGUUAGUCGGUUUCGAUCAAACUCUUAUCCCACUAUCCUUGAAAAUACCGGUUUACGGUCACCUUCCCUCGGUCUCAAUGCGCCUAAUGCGAGUGGUAUUGUCGCAGGAAAUGUGGUAAACAUCGAUAUGUUGCAACCUAUCAUGGAGGGGAAGCCUGUAGCCUAUGAUUUACAGGGCUCCGAAUUAGCGAAAGCGUCAUUUUUUUCUCAGUUACCAUUGAUUAUCAUAUUUCAAUACGGCCUCCUAGCUCUUCACAGCACGGUCCAUGAUCAAGUAUUUAUGUCCUAUCUUGUAUCUAAGCGCGCCCAAGGUGGACUAGGAUUAAGUGCAGGUGACUUUGCACAACUCAUUUUAUCUGUACCCAACGAUGGGUCCACCACUGGGUCGUUUCUCGCACUUGUCUAUGUUUCGAUUUGGGGUAUUGCUACUUAUGUUUUCUUACAUAUCGGUAACCCUCGCGCGGCCGCUCGCCAAAUCAGGUGCUAG